AUGAGCUACCUUCAGAUAGGGCGACAGCCGCAGCCGCUGGAAAACGGCGCCGUUCCGUUUGUCCCGUUUCCCGUGUCGGCGGACGAACGCGUGCCGACCGGCGACGAGGGUAGCGACCAUGAAAGUGACGCCACAAAAACGCCCCAACACCGCAUCCAGCCGCCAUGGCAGACUGGAGUCUGGGCCCGGUUCCCCUGGACUGCAGCAAUUGGAGUCUUGCUGAUAUUUGUCUUUGUAGGCUCGAUGCUCGCCAUCGCCAUUGCGGCCGACGGGACUAGCGUAGCAAGCUGGAAGGUCUCACCGACAGUCUUAUUCGCCAUCGCCUCGGCCGCCGUUACCAUUCUGCUCAACUUCACCCUCGUCCGCGGAGCAGCCGUCAGGUGGUGGUUUAUGGCCACGCACCGUCCGAGCCGUGUGCAGGAUCUUCACUGGCGAUGGGCAGCAAGCCAGGGCGUUUUCGACGCCGGUCUGAGCGUCCUGUUUCGGGGCCCCAGCAUAAUGGCAAUCGCCUCCUCCUUUGUCACGCUCGCCGCCAUCAACUCGCCCCUGUUGCAGCGGGCGCUCUCGGUUGAGACCCGUAUGAUCUCUAACGUGGUUGACUUGGAUGUCUACGCUGCCCCUCGCCUCCCUCGAGGAUUCACCGUCUACGUCAGCGACGACUCGCAGGAGCUGCACGUUCCGACCGAAGAGUUCAGCACAGUAAUGCGGGAAUACCUUGCCAGGACACCCAUCAGAAUCGCCAGCCCCCCCAACUCGUCUCUUGACGACGGCACAUACCGCACCCAUAUCGAUGCAGCGGGGUACACCAUCUCUUGCAACGAGUCGACCAUCGACCUCCCGAAUUUCGACGCGGCCGGGGGCCCAGACAGAUACACGGAUCAAAGCACACCCGUCUUCAUCAGCUCCGUAACCUACACCGAAGAAGAAUCUCACCAGCACAUCAGUUCCAUCAUCCCAUCCAUCCGCGACGGCGACGCCCCGCCAGCCGAUCACGCCUCGCUGCGGCUCUUCACAUACGAUGCGCAGUGGAAGCCGGCUAGGGGCUGCAUCAACGCAACGAACGGUGCAGCGCUGCGCAAGCGG